AUCAGGUCCACGUUAUAUCCUUCUGCUCUUUGUAAAAGGAACGGCGUCGGAGCUUCCUUAUCGGUUCUCCUAACAGCAAUGUAGACAUAACUUUAUAUAAAUAAUAGUACGUUUUAUUUUCCAGUGAAAACUAUCAGACUUGCCAGGUUGACUAGUUAUUUUUUUACCGUCAAGAUCCAGAAUGAGACGUAUAACACAUGAGAUACUAGGCCUUCUAUCAAAAGAGAAGAGGGCAGACUGGAGUGAACAAGAAAUGCCAGCCCAGCUGCUGCUUUCUGAUAGAAUAUACCCAUCAGGUCUAGAGGGCCAUGUUCACCCAAGACAGUAUGCAGAACCAGCGAGAAGAAGUCAGUGGAUGGAAGGUGAAGAACCAGCAAAAAGAAGUCAGUGGAUGGAGGGUGAAGAAACAGUGAGAAGAAGUCAGUGGAUGGAAGGUGAAGAACCAGUGAGAAGAAGUCAGUGGAUGGAAGGUGAAGAACCAGAAAGAAGACCUCAGUGGAUGAGGAGUGGAAAACAAUGCUUGAGGCAAUGUGACUACACCAUUGAGAGGAGUGGCUAUUGCCUGGGUACAGCCAGAGAGUCUUACAGUGAACGUAUAACCAGAGAGCCCUACAGUGAACGUAUAACCAGAGAGCCCUACAGUGAACUUUUAGCCAGAAAGACACACAGUGAACACAUAACUAAAGAACCCUACAGUGAACAUUUAGCCAGAGAGACACACAGUGAACCUAUAACCAGAGAGACACACAGUGAAAAUGUAACUAAAGAGCCCUACAGUGGACAUUUAGCUAGGGAGACACACAGUGAAUAUAUAACUAGAGAACCUUACAGUGAACAUUUAGCCAGAGAGACACACAGUGAACAUGUGACUAAAGAACCCUACAGUGAACAUUUAGCCAGGGAGACACACAGUGAACAUGUGAUUAAAGAACCCUACAGUGAACAUUUAGCCAGAGAGACACACAGUGAACCUAUAACCAGAGAGACACACAGUGAACAUGUAACUAAAGAACCCUACAGUGAACAUUUAGCUAGAGAGACACACAGUGACUAUAUAACUAGAGAAACUUACAGUGAACAUUUAGCCAGAGAGACACACAGUGAACAUGUGAUUAAAGAACCCUACAGUGAACAUUUAGCUAGAGUGACACACCGUGAAUAUGUAACUAAAGAACCCUUCAGUGAACAUUUAGCCAGGGAGACACACAGUGAACAUGUGACUAAAGAACCCUACAGUGAACAUUUAGCCAGGGAGACACACAGUGAACAUGUGAUUAAAGAACCCUACAGUGAACAUUUAGCUAGAGAGACACAAAGUGAAUAUAUAUCUAGAGAACCCUACAGUGAACUUUUGGCCAGAGAGCCCUACGAUAAACAAAUACUCAGAGACAAACCCAGUGAACAUCUAGUGAGCGAGCCCUAUGGUAAACAAAUAGCCAGAGACACAUACAGUGAACGUUUAGUUAGAGAGCCCUACAGCAAAGAAAUAGCCAGAGACACAUACAGUGAACAUCUAGUUAGAGAGUCCUACAAUGAACAAAUUGCCAGAGAGCACUACAGUAAACAUAUAGCUAGAGAGCCCAACAGUGAAAUUAUUGCCCGAGAGCCCUACAGUAAACAAAUAGCCAGAGAGACACACAGUGAACAAAUAACUACAGAACCUUACAGUGAACGUUUAGCCAGAGAGACAAAGAGUGAACAUGGGUCCAGUGAGCAACACAGUGAACAUAUUGCCAGAGAGCCCUACUGUAAACAAAUAGCCAGAGAGCCACACAGUGAAUAUAUAGCCAGAGAGCAUUACAGUAAACAUAUUGCCAGUGAGCCAUACAGUUUACAUGGGUCCAGUGAGCAACACAGUGAACAUAAGGCCAGAGAGCCUUAUGGUCAGUACACCAACAAAGGGAGGAGUAGAGAGGAUUGGGAGAAAUUAGUUGCUUCCUCUGCUAGGAGCUACAGAAUGGACCCAUUGUUCAGAGACUGGAGCAGAGGCACAUUGAGAGAGAGUCACAAACCCCUUUUCUCAGACACGGAUAAUGAUGUAGAUGGAGAUAAUGUGGAGCCAAGUCUGGAGGACCUGGAGCUCCUUCGUAAGAAGAUGGAACUGGAGAUCAUACAGGAACAGAUAGCCCGCAAGAAAGCAGCACAGGAAACCAUAGAGCAUGAACAGCUGACCAUACGGAAACGCCAGUCGGAUCUUGAUGUUUCGACUGAGAAUAAUGUUAAGGUUAAGAAAGAGACACUUAAAGACAGGGUGAAUUUCAUUCUGCGAAAGCGGGCAUGGACCAAUGAAUGUCGCUCGAAGGAGUCUGCAGACCAGCAAGUCCCUUCCAAGUUUGAGUUGCACUCUCCUAAAGUGGUGAAAAGCUUUUUGGAAAGAAUGAAUGAAUCCAUCCUGCCUAAAGGGGGCAAAGACAUAGAUUACCUCACCCUGGACGUGUCGGAAGAGGAUCAUCCCCUGAAACUGAAAGUGGAAGCUUUAAUGGAGCAUCGAUGUAAUCUAAAGGUGAAUAAAAAGGACACAGAAACCACAGGCUUCCAGCGCUUCCUUAAUGUCCUCAACAAAGGGGUGGACAUCGACAAACUCUCAAGCAUUGUUAACGAUGUCAGUGAUUUAACCUCUGUGGGAAAAGACCUUCCACGCGGUCCUCUGAUAACAUGUGAUGGUCAGCCUGAGACCACCUCCAAGGUGACCCCUUGCAAAAGGCGCUCCCGGUUUGAUGAGUUUCCACCAGGUUUCCAGUAUGUGGUCUGUAGUCAACCCACUCUGAUCCAGGGUCCUAUUAAUGUACUUGGGAAUCCGUUUGGGAGUCUAUUGAGUGAAGUGGUGCCAACAGGUUUACCUGAGGAUUGUCUGAGAUCCAAGAUCCAAGAUGGAGCCCCACCAGAGAACUCACAAAGUGGCGAAAAGAUCAGGCAACCUAGACUGGAGGAAACCCAAGCUAAAACAAAUGACGAUGAUAGACAAAAAAGCAAAACUUCUCGAUCUUCAGAGGAGACGAAAGAAGAGAGGCAUAAGUAUCCUGUUGAGGAGAAGAGGAAAAGGAGGCAUACAUCUCCUUCUGUUGAGGAGAAGAAGAAAGAGAGGUAUACGUUUACUCUAGAGAAGAAGAAAGGGAGGUAUAGUUCUCCUGUAGAGGAGAACAAGAAAGUGAGGCAUAAGUCUCCUUUGGAGAAGAGUAAAGAUGGGUAUAGGUCUUCUUCUGUAGAGAAGAGAAAAGGGAGGAAUAAGUCUUCUAUUGAGGAGAAGAAAGAGAGGCUUAAGUCACCUUUGGUAGAGGAGAAGAGGAGAGUGAGGCAUAAGUCACCUUCUGUAGAGGAGAAGAGGAGAGUGAGGCAUAAGUCACCUUCUGUAGAGGAGAAGAGGAGAGUGAGGCAUAAGUCACCUUCUGUAGAGGAGAAGAGGAGAGUGAGGCAUGAGUCACCUUCUGUAGAGGAGAAGAGGGGAGUGAGGCACAAGUCACCUUCUGUAGAGGAGAAGAGGAGAGUGAGGCAUGAGUCACCUUCUGUAGAGGAGAAGAGGAGAGUGAGGCAUAAGUCACCUUCUGUAGAGGAGAAGAGGAGAGUGAGGCAUGAGUCACCUUCUGUAGAGGAGAAGAGGAGAGUGAGGCAUAAGUCACCUUCUGUAGAGGAGAAGAGGAGAGUGAGGCAUAAAUCACCUUCUGUAGAGGAGAAGCGGAGAGUGAGGCAUAAGUCACCUUCUGUAGAGGAGAAGAGGAGAGUGAGGCAUAAGUCACCUUCUGUAGAGGAGAAGAGGAGAGUGAGGCAUAAGUCACCUUCUGUAGAGGAGAAGAGGAGAGUGAGGCAUAAGUCACCUUCUGUAGAGGAGAAGAGGAGAGUGAGGCAUGAGUCACCUUCUGUAGAGGAGAAGAGGAGAGUGAGGCAUAAGUCACCUUCUGUAGAGGAGAAGAGGAGAGUGAGGCAUAAGUCACCUUCUGUAGAGGAGAAGAGGAGAGUGAGGCAUGAGUCACCUUCUGUAGAGGAGAAGAGGAGAGUGAGGCAUGAGUCACCUUCUGUAGAGGAGAAGAGGAGAGUGAGGCAUAAGUCACCUUCUGUAGAGGAGAAGAGGAGAGUGAGGCAUAAGUCAACAUCUCCAUCUAAUGAGAAGAAAAAGGAAUCAAGGCUGGAGGAUGAGCAGAAGUACAGCCAGGUACAGAGCCUUUUGCAGAUGAUUGGGUGGAAUAUGAGUGUGGAGGAGUUGGGUCGACUGACAGACAGGACCCAGGAGAGGCUGUAUGGUGUUAAGAGAGAGCAGGAGAGGAAGGACAAGGACAUGGAGAUAGGCCCCUCACUAAAGGCUGACCGGAAUAGUGAGAAGGAGAAAGAAGAAAUCAAGAUGAAGACUGUGAAAGAGAUGAGGAAUAUGAAAACGGUGAGCAAGUUAAAGACAGUGAAAGAGGUAAGCAAGAUGAAGACGGUGAAAGAAGAGAGCAAGAUGAAGACGGGAAAAGGGGUUGGCAAGAUGAUGACGGUGAAAAUGAAGAACAUAAGAAAGAUUGUCAAAACGAACAGCAUGAUGCAGAAAGAAGAGAGCACAAAAAGGGAUGAGGUGAAUGAGAAGGAGAAAGCAUGCUUUCUCAAACAACAAAGGAGUUCCUCCUCAUCAGAUAGCUUGAGUUCUAAACUCUCUACUUACAGAGGCCGAUCCUCUAGUAACAGCGACAUGCACAGAGAGAGAGACAGGACCAGCUCUGAGAGAAACACAGACAGAAACAAACACUUUCUCAUCCGAGGCAUAGAUAGGCAACUUUGUACCAGAUACCAAUACGAGAGGGUCCAGAACAGAGCCAGUUAUGAGAGGGUACAGGGCAGAGCCAGUUAUGAGAGGGACCAAAAUAGAGAGAUAGGGGGAAAGCUACUGGACAGCUGGUUUGGGUCCCAACAGAGCUUAAUUUACCCAUUCUCAAAUGACCCUACACGUCCUCAAGCAUCUGUGAUGACAACCUACUCAACACAGUACUCUCAGCACAUGGGACCACAAUGCAGCCCACUGGCCAGUGAUUUGCCUCCAGGACAGGGUUAUCCUCCUGGUAUUAUGCCCCCUGUUGUCAUGCCCCCUGGUAACAUGCCCUCUGGUAUGAUGCCACCUGGUAGCAUGACCUCUGGUAUGAUGCCACCUGGUAGCAUGACCCCUGGUAUGAUGCCACCUGGUAGCAUGACCCCUGGUAUGAUGCCACCUGGUAGCAUGACCCCUGGUAUGAUGCCUCCUGGUUACAUGCCCCCUGGUAUAAUGCCCCCUGGUAACAUCGGGCAUGUUGCCAUGUGGUAUAAUGCCAUGUGGUAACGUGCCCUCUGGUAUGAAGCCCCCUUGUAACAUGCCCCAUGGUAUAAUGCUAUAAUAGGACCCCCUUAUCAGACAUACAUCAAGGACCCCCUCACCAGACAUACACCAAUGACCCUCUCACCAGACACCAAGGAGCCCCUCACCAGACAUACACCAAUGACCCUCUCACCAGACACCAAGGAGCCCCUCACCAGACACCAAGGAGCCCCUCACCAGAUAUGAAGGGCCGCCUCACCAGACACCAAGGAGCCCCUCACCAGACAUAAAGGACCGCCUCACCAGACACCAAGGAGCCCCUCACCAGACAUGAAGGACCGCCUGACCAGACGCCAAGGAGCCCCUCACCAGACAUGAAGGACCGCCUCACCAGACACUAAGGAGCCCUUCACCAGGCACCAAGGAGCCCCUCACCAGAUAUGAAGGGCCGCCUCACCAGACACCAAGGAGUCCCUCACCAGACAUGAAGGACUGCCUCACCAGACACCAUGGAGGCCCUCACCAGACAUGAAGGACCGCCUCACCAGACAACAAGGAGCCCUUCACCAGACACCAAGGAGCCCCUCACCAGACAACAAGGAGCCCUUCACCAGACACCAAGGACCGCCUCACCAGACAACAAGGAGUCCCUCACCAGACACCAAGGAGCCCCUCACCAGACAUGAAGGAGCGCCUCACCAGACACCAGGAGACAUGGAGGCAUGAAAUGACAGAUGAUGAGAAUUAGGCAAAAUGAAAAAGCUUGGAGAGUUCAACAUUAAGGUGAAGCAGUACUUGAACCAUGUAGAAAAAUUCCCAGAACAAACUUGAUGUGACACAGUCCACAAUGACUAUUGGGAACUACUUCCAGAACCACUGGUGAAGAUCAAAUUCAACGUUUUCAGCUGAUCUUCACAGUUCCUCAUGACCUUCCCCUCUAAUCUGAAUCAUACAGACCCAAUGGACUUCCACGGCCAAACCUGCAGAUCCAAUAUAUUGUACAUUCUUCAUUUCAGAAUGAUAUUUAUGCAGUGACAUUGCAUUAUACAUGAAAAACAAUUAUUUGUAUUUUGGAUUUAUGAAGUCAGGCCUUGUGAGCCUUUAUUUUCAUUGUACAGUAUGUCCAGGUUUUAAACAUGCUUCUGUUUAUAUAGGCCCUGUCCCUUUUCACUUUGUAUAUAUUUUACUGAAUA